GCUAAACCUGCCUGAGAACACAUAAAUGAUGCUACGACGUCAGGACUGAAGCCCAACUCACUCUCGCCUUUUCCUACUACUUAUCUUCCAAACAACGAAUUCAACCAUGUCGAUGCACGGCCGUGUGAUAAACUUCAAGUAUAACCAGGCUUUAACAGACGACGACAGCGGUGAGGAGUGGACUGGGAAGUAUAAAUGGGACGAAGCGACAAAAACGUAUCUGGACGACAUGAAAGCCAGCAUGACCAACAAAGUGUACUGGUGGAACUUGUUCACCACACAAGGCAAAAUGGCAUUCCGGGUCCCCAACAAGUCCGGGUCCACUGAGGGGUUCUACACCUUGCACAUGGAAGCUAAUCUUUCGAUCAUCGUCAAGUACCAAGUGGGGAGCCCCACUGAUGCGCAGCUGUGGACGUUGGCAGACAAUGAAUGAAUAUUCAAGUUGAAGCUGAGGAUUUUGCUUAGCUGUGUGACAUGUCCAUUGUCGAGUAUAUUAGUGGAAUGCAACUUUCAAUUGUUGCCGAGAUUGCUGUUUUGUAC